AUGUUAUUGAACAGAUGUGCUCGAGAUACAUUGUCAUUGGCAUUGACAAAGUGCAAUGUAACAGCAUCCAUAACAUCACAUCUGAAGAUACCAAGUCAACAUCAUCAUCAUAGACCUCAACAACAGCAACAACAACAAUAUAUUAACAUUAUAGAUGGUCGUCUACUCUUUAGUAGAGAGUACAGUAGUAGUAGUAGUGGUAGAGGCAGAAGUAGUAGUAGUAUUAGCAAUAUAAGUACAAAGACACAGAGUGAGAUGGCACCUAUACCAACAAAGAGAAAAGUUGAUGGCUUGGGAACAGUACCCAAUACAAAGAGUGCAUAUCGUCGCAAGGUAAAGAGGCCACCUUCAAUUAUCAAGCAGCUCAGUGCCAUCAAGGAUCUCGAUACAUUCAUUGCAGAGUGCUCAAAAGUAUUAGGAAUCAACAAGUUGGAUGAUUGGUACAAUGCAUCAAUGCAUAAGUUCAGAAGGUUUGGAGUGGAUCGCUUCUUGGGACCUUACCACGGGUCUAUCCCGUUGAUGUUGAUCGAGCUGUACCCUGAUCACGAUUGGGACAUUAUGAUGUUUAGGAGCUAUAUGACAGACCGCGACUUUUGGUCCAACCCUCAUAAUCAACGUCGUUGUCUCGAGCAGAUACUGGAGGCUGCAGGCUACGACAGUGACACACCGGACAACUGGCACUUCAUUCCCGUCAUCCACUUGAAAUGUUACCGAACCUAUGCAACCAUCGUAGAGUACUAUGACGACGACAUCAUCACCAUGCUCACAAGCCUGUACCCGGACCACGAGUUUGACUGGGACCAGAUGCACCCAUCCAUCCGAUUCAAUCGCUGUCGCUGGCAUCCGAGCAUAUCUCCGCAGUUCCAACUGGAGAUGGAUCGACUGAUGCAGCAGGGCAUCAACUGGUACACGAUCAAUCCGGACCACCCGAUGUUUGAGGACAUAGUGAGGUUGCACGGACAGUGCAGCAACUCGCGCAGCAUCUUUGAGGAGAUCAUCUACCACCUGCAUGAGCUGGAGCUCAAACCUUGGAUCUUUGAGUACUACAACAACUGGUUCAGGCACUCAAAGAACAUCAAGGACUACCUCAUAUGGUUGGCAGAGAAUGAGGAUCUGACGACGGCUGAGGACUGGUACGACGCGCCACUCGAUCUGUUUGAGCCACGACUCGUGCAAUCCAGCAGGUGUAUUCCGACGUGCAUUGUAGAUACAUUCCCGCAACUCAGUCUGGACCCAACGCGAUUCAAGCAUCUUACAAUCAAACGAAGCAACUACAUGAAGACACUCAACCUCGUCAAUGAGUUUGAACGUAUUAAUGGUAUCACCAGCUUGAAGGACUACUCAAGUUUGACGACCGAGCAGAAGACACAGCUCUAUAAUACGUGCAGCUAUUCAAGUCUUAUCGGAGCACUGGCCGCCAUUCAUUCAUUCUACCAACCCUCAAUGGAACUCACUACCAAUGUACGCGCUAUCUACCAAGAGCAACAACAUUUAAAGAAACAACGACAACAGGCACAACAGAUACAACAGACACAACCAGAACAACAGGGACAGGAACAAGCGCAGCAUUAA